UCACAGGGUCCAAUGAUCGGUAUGGUGGGUAUUAUCAUAGACAAUUCGAGAAAGCACUCACAGUAAUGGUAAGUUCUGGAGAUGGAAAGAAAGGGAAAGCUCAUAGGCAUGAUCAUGAGUGAUGAUUUUGCAUCACAACCUGAACCAAACUUAGAAGCAACACAGAACAGUGCCCUCUGAUUCUCUUGCAGAGUCACGAACACUGUUUGAUUUUGUUUCCCGUUGCUGUGUUGUGUGUGGAUGUCAGAGAAGAAACCCAGAGAGAUAACCAUAAAGCUGCUAUGCCCCUCCCUCUCGAAGGUGGCCCAAGUGGUGGCCUGGGAGGACCAGAGAAUCGACUUGGGCUCCAUUUCGCGGGCCUUUGGGCUUGACCCAUCAACGCUGAGGCUGAACGGUUACUUCAUCAGCAGAGGGGUGGACCUCAUAGCUUCCUCUCUCACUUGGAACUCUCUUCUCUCUUUCUUCUCUUCCAAAGGCUUGUCCACUGGCAGAGACCAAUGCGAUGCUCUUCUCGUCACUGGCAAACUCUGCAAAGUAGGACUCAAGAGAGGACAUGACUCACUAGAUUUUCAAGAUGGGAUUGGAAAGAUGAUUGAAAGUGAGAAUGCUGAUAACAAUAAAGGAAUUCAACUGCAAGCUAUCAACUUGAUCAAGAAUAAAAAGUUGAAAGAGAGCAGCUCAGGCGAGAUUCUGAAAGGCCAAAGCUGCAAGAGAAAGCAACUAUGGGAAGAUGUCAACCUAUUCAAGAAACUAAAAAUAGAUGAGGACAAGUCAGAUAUUGGAGAUAAAAUUGAUGAUCACUCUGGGAGCAUUGCACGCAACCAGUUUACAUGCAGCUAUUCAAGUAAGAAUAUGAAGCGGAUACGAGAAGAUGAGGCAAUUGUGGCAGCUAACUACAAAAGGAUUAGAUAAAUUAUGUGUCAUUGGGUUAAAAAAAAAAGAACAAAGUAUAAUCCACAUUUGCCAUUUUGUUGUUAGUUACCUUUUCUCUUUCAUUUUUGCCCUUUUUGGUAAAAAUUACUGUACAUUUGUGUAUAUGUAUGAUAUGCUGUGAAAAUAUAAAGAAA